UAGUAGUAAUAGUUAAUGAGAGUUAUAUUAUUCUUUGUGAUUGCAGUACGAGGUUCCACUGGUAUCAGCGUGAACCAGGGACCUCCAAGCUAUGAACUUAUGUCAGGGUUCAAGCGAGAUGACAGCAAGGUAUGUCGUGCUAUGCUCUUCAGUCCGCAAGGAGAAUAUUUCGCCUGGGCUAAUGGCACUAACAUUAAUGUGGUUUCUACAAAAACUUGGACUGUGCUGACUACCAUUCCCUCACCCAAGACCUACUGCAUACAUUUCUCUCCUAAAGGGACAUACCUUAUGUCGUGGCAGCCGUUUACAGUGUCAAAUGCCAAUCCUAAUGGUGGGCCAAACAUGUUUAUCCACAAGUCUGACAGUGGAGAAUUGAUUGCAUCCUUUAUACAUAAGAAACAAACUGACUGGGAACCACAGUGGAGCUUCGACGAGUCGGUGUGUAUACACAACGUGAACAACGAAGUAGCCUGUUAUGCAGGAGCACAAUUCGAAAAGCCAGCCCACAAGUUACAGGGUCAGAAGGUGGUGAGCGUCAGUCUCUCGCAAGGCAAUGCUCCCUUUCAUUUACUCUGUUAUGUUCCAGGCAAGCCAGGUCAGCCCUCUUUCAUCAAGCUGUUCCAGUACCCUAAGUUUGAUACACCUGUUGCCAGUAAAACAUUUUUUCAGUCUGACAAAGUGGAGAUGUGGUGGAAUCGCAAGGGCACUGGCGCUUUGGUGAUGGCAAGUAUGGAGGUUGACAAAACCGGAUCAUCCUAUUAUGGCAAGCAGUCUCUACUUUUUGUCUCCGUCAAAGGAGACACAGCCAUGGUCGUUCUUGGUAAGGAAGGGCCUAUCUAUGCAGUGUCAUGGAGUCCUCUGGGUACAGAGUUCUGUGUGGUCUAUGGUUUCAUGCCAGCCAAGGCCACUCUGUAUAACCUUAAGUGUGAACCUGUCUUCAAUCUUGGAUCUGGCUCCAGGAACAGCAUCUACUACAAUCCUCAUGGCAACAUUUUGUUGCUGGGAGGUUUUGGCAACCUUAGUGGACAAGUCGAAGUGUGGGAUGUCACUAGUCGGAAACUGAUCAGCAAAUUGGAGUCUCCGGACACAACAUUAUUACACUGGUCACCAGAUGGGGAACACUUCAUGACAGCGACGACUGCACCCAGACUCAGGAUGGGAAAUGGAUUCAAGAUUUGGCACUACACGGGAGCCCUUCUGUAUGAACGCCCUUGGAACAAGCAGGAGGAGCUGUGGGAAGUGUUGUGGCAGAACUUUCCCUCUGGGGUUUUCCGUACGCCUGCCAUCACUACCAAGAGUGUGGAGGGUAUCCAGCCUAGCCAACCUCAAGCCUCAAAACAAGCUUAUAGACCACCCUCUGCAAGAGGCAAAGAGAUCAAUUUCAAAUUGCACGAUGAUGAAGAUGUUCCUUCAUCUGUCAGUGAAACAGCUUCAAAUCCUUCAAAAGCUGCUCUGAAACUGAAAAAGAAGCGAGAAGCUAAGAAGGCUGCCAGACAACAGGCAGUGGAAAAUGGAGAGAUUACAACCAACGGUGUACCAGCACCUUUUAGACCUUCUAUCCUCUCGGAGGAAAUCACUACGGAUGAUCCAGAGAAACUGAAAAAAAUCAAGAAACUAAAAAGUAAAUUGUUGGAGAUAUCAAGACUGAAAGAACAGAAAGCAAAUGGAAAAGUAUUAGAAAUUAACCAAAUUGAGAAGAUGAAAAAGGAAGAUCAGUUGAUAAAGGAGUUGCAGGAACUAAGCUUGUGAUAACACGCCAACAUCCCCUCGGACUGACAGAAGAAUUGUAAAUGUGAGCAGUACAGUAAGGGACUCGCUUGCGUAUCGACCAAUACUACGGCACAAGUUCAAGUGUGACAAUAUGGCAGCACAACCAGUUGUUACAUAAACAACAUUAUUAUGUACAGUGAAUAACAAGGGUGCAAUCAACAGUGGACUUAUAAAUUGUAUGAUUAUUUUAGAUGGUAACUGUGAUUGAAGUUAUUGUGGAUUAUUUUCUUUUGUAAAUAAUAUGAAUUAUUGUUUUGUUAUUCAUUUCUUCUAAAAGUAGCUAGUUAUUAAUCAGUAAUGUUUAUAGGUAUAUGUGUUUUGAUGUUCUAUUUUAUUUCUUAUGGCUACAAUUAUAGUAUAAUAUGGUUGAAUUACAUAACUAUUGUGGAGAUCGUAUUAAUAUAUGUUAUUUUUCUUGUUUUACUGCUGUAUAUUUUGCAAUUUUUAGUUUGAUGAAUUGUGCAUAAAGCAAUAUUUUAACAUGCAGUUUUGUGCUUUUAUUGUAGGCCAUCAAAAUUGAAACAUAUGUUAUGUAAUCAAAUUACUCUAUAUGAUUUCAAAGAUCGGUGAACUUGGUAAUAUUAAAACACUUAAGGGGAUGAUUUUAUGUGGGUUUACCAUAGUAAUUCGGGUCACAAGCUUUGAAAAUUUUUAAUAAAAACAACGUUUUUAACCCUUUGACUAGUAAUUGUUAGAUUAUUGGAGAGCCAUGAGCAGUAUUCCUUAAUAACAGCUAUAGCACUAAACAGUAUUCCAUUCUCUACAUUGUUUUGUGGUUUAUAUGUGCUAUCUGUUUAGCAACAAUAUUUAGAAACACUUUUUGCAGUUUCCAUUUUUUACAAUAAACUAUGGUUGAUUGUAUUUUCAGAGUGUGCCGCAUAAUGAGAGUCCUAACUGUUUCACACACUAUUUCAAUUUCCAUAAGAGCUUGUGUUACUUCAUUAAACUGAAUAAUCUUUUACUUUUCCUCAAUUUGUUUAUGUAAAUAGACUGACAGAAUAUUGGGUUCAUCAUGUUGUAUAAAUAUAUUAUUAAAUAUUUAAAUUUUUUAAUAAAUUUAAUACAAUCUGGAUAUGUUAGUGUGUCUCUAUUGGUCUGAUCUAGUAAUCCAAAUCCAAAUAUAUUUUUUAAACCAUACUUUGGCAUUAUUAUACUACAAAAACUCCCUAGUCAAAGGGUUAAUAAAUAAAAAUACAUUUUUACCAGGCCAUGGUAUAAUAUCUGAAGUAUAUUGUAAAUACUCAUUACUGUAAAAGUAAAUACUGAAAGAUAGUUCUAAUCAAACUGUGUUUAACAUUGUGUACAAAAAUAUAAAAUUAUAGUGUUUAAAUUAUAAUUUCAGAGAAUAUAAAGUUUUAUUUGACACCCUGAUUUUAGAUUUUGUAGAAUAUAACCUCAUUGUAUCUAUAUCAACGUCACUGAUUGCUGCUGCAAGUAAAUGUAACAAGUUUGUAGUGAAAUAAAUUAGGGAGUUUAAACACUCGCUAAUAUGUACAUAAUAUUCUUUUUAUUCUUAUAAUGUGGGUUCUAGAAGAAAUCUAAUGUGACAAUAUCACUAAAUUGUACAAACACUUC